UCAGGAGCAAAAUGUGGAUCUGCACCACAGUUUGUGCCAGACUGCCGUGCGAAUGGAGUGCAUGGGCACCGAAUUUAAGAGCAGUCACCAGCUCCUCGAGUCAGAACUACAGAACACUUGUGUCGAGCUGAGCAACCUCCUGGACAAAUUCAAAAGACUUACAGAUAACAACUCCUACACUCAACAGACCAACAAUCUCCUGGAGCAGAAGCUUCAUUCAGUGGCUCAGAGUAUGGAUGGGGAGCAUGAGCAUUUGAACCAGCGGAUCACAUCCCUGACAGAUCAGCUGUCCUCAGCCAAGAACACCAUCCACAGCAUGGAGACUAUUAACGUAACAUCAUUGCUGCAGGAAGCCUUCGACCAACAUUUCCACCGAGAUGAUUCUGUCAAUCAAUUAAAUCUCCCUGCUGCGCCACCACCGGUCCAGUUCAUGGAUAGUCAUCAUUAUGGAAAGGUCACCGCCACAGGGGAGGACCUAUCGCUGGGAACAUUGCCAGAAGAGGAGGAAUCGGAUUGGUCAGAAAUGGGGGAUGAGGCUCCAAAAUGUGUUCUGAGGUCAGGGGGAGAUCAUCAUAGUGGUACAGCGUUUCAACCGUGGAGACAAGAGCGUAUUAGCUGGGCAGGGCAAGGAGAAGGAGAGACAGAGAGUGAGUCAGGGAGUGAGGAGAUUGUCAGACAAAACCCUCCCCGCUCCCAGCAGGUCCCCCAUCUCACAAUUCACUCUGAGACCUUACCAGCCCCCAUAGAUGGUGUCACCCUCACCACCAUUUUCAAGAGCUCAGCUGAUGGCCCAACAGAGGAUGUGUACAGGGCCACUGCAAGCCGCAAACUAGGCUCUCCCAUCCGCAUCCUGUCAGCCAGUCUGGAUGAGAUCCCCUCCUGUAGGGGGAAGAAUCAAAGACAGGAGGAGCAGCAUGGCCAGCUGAAGGGCACAGAGGCCAUGAUGGACCUCCACCAACCAGAGGAUGGUACCAUGGAUGACUCAGAAGAUGAGAUCAUCCGUAACUGGAGGACAAGGAGCGGGGACAUGGGUGAUGAUGGCGGUGUGGAUACCACGGAGGCAGAUCCUGGCAGCAGUCUGGAAAACUUGCAGUCGGCCCAAAAUAUGCUCAACCACUUCAUCUGCCAGCUGCAGCCCAGCGAGGGGGAGGACAUGGGAUACCGGACAAAGUGCUGAAUGGGGAAAGAACACAGCUGUGACACCUGAUCUCUUCACAGAGACACAGAUGUUGACUGGGUUGGUGCAUAGUUGUUUAAGUAAUUAAACUUAAGAGUGAUUUUUGUUACAUUUGAUAUUCAUAAUUGAUCUAUGAGUAUGUUGUAUUUUAAACAUAAAGCAACAGAAUUGGUCAUUAUAACCAAUUUAAUAAUAAUAAUUUAAAUUAUAAUUCAAUUAUUUAAAUCUGAUUUAAAAGUUUCCAGGCCUAAAUAAUAUUCAAAAUUUUAAAAACAGCCAGCAACAAGUAAGAAAGAAACUAAAAUAUUAUUUUUGUUCUGCACCUGAAGCUAUUAAGGCAAGCGGCCCAAGUUGGAGAUCGAGGAUCCCCAGUUCCACGUUUUGAUAUUUAUGAUAUAUUUCUCUAUUCAUAGUCAAAAACAUGUCCUGGUGUGUUGUUGUUGUUGUUACGCUAUGCAGGGAAUGGCUUUGAUGUCCUUCAGAGGUAACAUCAAACACAAAUCACUUCGCUUUGACAUCUCCUGUUCUCAGGUGCAAUCUCUCCGGGAAACACUGUCCAGGCCUCCCUCCUGUCUCAUCAUAGCAGAGCACCGAGAACUUCACAGCCCAGCGCUUUCCCAUCACCAUGGAGACCACGGCCGAAUCUCGCCCAUUCCACUGAUUUAUAGAAAAUAGAUAAUUUCAGAACCUCUUGUGCAUAAUUCAUUAUAGUGGUUGAUGUGUGUCUUUCUCUCGGUGCGUGCAUGUUAGAUAAGACGACAAGUGUUUCACAGAAUAUAGGUCCUUAGGUAAGAUUUAAGACAUGUACAUAGAUAUACUUUGUUUGUCCUCAUAAAUUAAUUCCUCUGCAGACAGACAUAAUGCAAGGUCUAGUUUGGACAAUGUAUACCAUCAAAUAUUUACUACAAAUAGUAUCCGUUGGACAUCACAGUGGAUUGGAAACAAGCUUUCUUAAGACCGGUUUUAGUUAAUGGUGAUAAAAUGAAAACAGAAUUUGGGGAUGGAUCGUGUGGUCUGGUGUGAAUGGUUCCAACUGCUAAAAUGUAUAAAGAUUUCCUCCCUGAAGUAAUAGUUAAGAAUCCUUGGGGAAAACAAAGAAACAUGUAUUCUUCUUGCAUGCAAACUAUGUUUUAUCUUAUAAUAUUGAUGUUUAUGUCUCCAUGUUGAUAUGAUGGAAAAAGCAACAUGACAUAAUGUAAAACAGAAUCACCAUUAUCAUUGUGUUCACCAGAGGCAUGCAACAGUCCAGUGAGAUACACACCACCUUUUAAAAGUUAGGGGUCACUUAGAAAUGUCUUUGUUUUU